UUUCCCAGCAUGCACUGAGAAGGGUUAGGGGUUGUCAUGUCAGAUUGUGGAUGCACAUAGCCACUGCGCUAAUCUUUGUCAAAAUGAGAACUUUGCUCUGUGUAUUAUGUAAUAUUUUUCAUUCAGAUAAGUGAGUAGGUCUCCUGGCGGUGUGCCAGUGUUCACGUAGUGUGUAUGGGUGACAGCGACAACGCCGCUGUGCCACUGGACUGCUGCGGAGGGCUCAACAACGUCGACUAUUCAAAGAUGGACCUGACUUUUGUGGAAGCACUACUAAACCACAUCAACUUCCGUGACUCCAGCUUUUUAUUAGCCGUGACUGCCAUUAUUUUCAAUCCUUUCUUCUGGAAUGUGGUAGCAAGAUGGGAACAUCGUAGACGUGGACUCUCCAGGCUCUUUGGUAGCCCCUACCUGGCUUGCUACUGUCUUGGUUUUGUCAUCAUUCUACUUAAUGUGUAUCGCAGCCACAGUAUGACGGUGGCGAUGAAGGCCCAGGCUAGGUUGGACAUGUUAGAAAGGACUGAGGUUUUCUAUGCUGGCGUAGCUCUCAUGGUCUUUGGCACUGUGCUGGUAGUCACCAGCUUCCUGGCUCUGGGAUUCAUUGGAACUUUUCUUGGUGAUUACUUUGGCAUCCUCAUGGAUGAGAAAGUGACUGGCUUCCCCUUCAACAUCACAGAGGAUCCAAUGUACUGGGGAAGCACUGCAAACUACCUUGGCCUGGCACUUAUUGGUGCCAGUCCUGUUGGUCUUGUCCUGACUGGCAUCGUAGCCAUUGCCUACAUUGUUGCAAUAAGAUUUGAAGGACCAUUCACCGCACAGAUUUAUGAGGAGAGGAGUCAUCACAAGAAGAAAUAAUAAGAAUAAAACCCCUCCAGGCACUUCCUACUUGCCACCCUGUCAAGAGAACAGACAGACUGAACAAUCAACAGACUGAUCAAUCGACAGACUUUGUCAUCCACACCUUGGUCAUUAAACUACCUCCAGUCUGGACUCAAGUGCUGGAAUUUCACUCCAGUAACUUAUAUUUGAUCCUGUGUGAGGUUGCACCACUGAUUAUGGAAGCUACAAUGUCUGUAAGGACAAGGCUGACAAAGCUUUCACUUUUAAGAGUGGGAUAAAACUUUUCAUAUGAUGCAAAGAAUAAAAAAAAAUUUUGUUACAAGAAUUGAAAAUAUUCUUAGGGAGCAUCACAUCAGCUGAUUUCUACUGUACAUAUAUUUAAAAAAUCCUACCACCACCAAAAGUCUGAACUACUGUGACAAUCUGUCUGAAGAUAGAGUCACAUUAAUGCAUUCAGCACAUUGUUCAAAUUAAUUAAUUCAUGUCAGAUGUCAUCAAUGGAGAGAAGUGUUAUUAUAGGUGACAUUGAAAGAUGUGGUGCUUAAACAAACCUGUUUUCUUACAAGCCAGAUUUCAAAAUAAAGUCAGACCUAGCUUCUGACGGCUGAAUCUCUUCCACCUCCUCAGUCUGAGUAGACGACAAGACAUCUGAGAAUUGAAUAUGUUAAUAUGUUUUCUGCAGUAUCUUUUAACUUCCUGUUUCUCACAUGUAGGACUCAGUAGCUGCUUGUGUAUCUUAUUAGAUUAAUAAUGAUUGUUCUUGUUGGACACACCGUUAAACCACAUUAGUGAUGCACUACACGUAGAACCAACACCUAUUAGCUGAUAUACCUGAAUACAGUAAUGGUUCCUUUUUAACAUCACACCUUUGUAUAAGAAUUCAACUUUGAAGUCAGGACUGUCUGCUAAGAUAAAAUCCUGUUCAGUUAAAAUGUCUUUGAGGAACUUUCACCUUGUGUUGACGUUGGCACCCCCUGUGGAUAAAUGAGUUCUUCUUAUCACUUUGCUGAUAUUCUGACACCUAGUGACAACAGAUAUUAAAUCAAUCACCAAUCACCAA